UUGUUAUUUUGCUGAUUUUUGAUCGAUUCCGCGUGUUUUUCGGGUUAAAAUAGAUGAUUUUUCGUGUUUUUUCUUGAAAAAAUUGACAAAAAUGAAGAAAAUAAUUCAGAAAAUGGAUGCUAUCAUGGGAAACGAUAGUAGCAAGCAUAAAAGUGAUGUGAAAACCGAGAAAGUUGGCUCGGAAAUCGAAAAAGCCUCAAAUCCAACACUUGAAGCCUAUUUCACGCGAAUUUCCGACGGAAAAAAUGAAAUUUCAGCGGAAAAACUUAAAAGCAUUUUCCAGCAAGAUCUAUCGGGAAGUCUCAUGAAAUACCUCACAGGCGACACAAAUUCGAAUUUAGUGACUCACCAGCAAUUUAUGGACAAAUUCACGCCAUUAUACGGAACUUCCACCGAUAUUUAUGUGAAAAUUCUCCAACCAGUGCACCACUUUCUCAAAGUUUGCUCAGAUUCGGCGGGCGCCGGGGCGAUUCAGGGCGAUGAGCAGUUUAUCAAGAUUUUGGUGGAAGAAAUGACAGAUGGAAAAACAGGCGAUGAGGCGACUCAAUCGAUAAUCCGGUGGCGACGGGAAAAUUGCGAAAAAUUCACGCAAGCCGUCCAAAAUCGUGUGGUUUCGGCUGUUACUGACACUAAAAUUAUCAACCCUGACUACUCCUCAGACAUUCUGUCACCUCUCCAAAUGUGGUAUCUACAAUCAUCACUCCCCGCCGUCUAUUUUCCGGCAAAACCCACCGAAACGUCGGGCGAAAGCCACUGGACUCCACUCUACACGUCACUUCAACACGGAAUCAGCACAAAUCGCUUCGAGACCCUCGUUUUCGACUAUCGUGGACCUACAGUAACCAUUUUCCGAAUGAAAGAUGGCCGUGUUGUGGUGAUCGCCGCUGAUCAGGAGUGGAGGCACUCUGGCAAUCGAUUUGGCGGUACAUUCACUAGUUUCUUCGAAAUUGUGCCGAAUAUUCGAAGAAUCGACGGAGCCAACUCGAUUUAUUGCAAUUUGAAGCUCCGCUCGUCGGCUUAUGGCCUAAGUUUCAAAAAUGAGCUGAAAAUCGAAAAGGAUUUCGAUGAGAUUCUAGAUAUUGAAGUUUGGGGCUGUGCGGGAGCCGGCACUCUAGCCGAUCAGCAGAAACUCAAAAAUUGGCAGAAGCAGCAGACUGAAAAGCACAAGCGGGUUCCACUGCCCGGAAAUUGGGACGAUAACCCGGACAAAACUCUUCUGGAAAUGGCCGGAUUCCAAUUUUCGACAGAACGUGCUCAAAUGGAGAUGGAAUCGAAAAAACGAGAUGCUCAGGCGGCCUACGUGGAAGCAGCCACCGCCUCCGAGACUUCUGAGAAGUAAAUUCCCGAGGGAAAAAUCGAUAAUUCCAAUGGAAAUUAAAAAAUUUGUGUUCAUUUAUUGCAUAGUAUUGAUUAGCAAACACUCACUUGUAAAGAAACUAUUUCACUUUUAUGAAUAAAUCGAUUUUUUUUU